UGGCGUGGAGAUGUCUGCACACACGUGCCCGCCUUCUUUGUCCCCUUUUACGGCCACUACCGGGAACUGGAAGCUCCCCCGACAGCCGCUUUUGUUAUUUCCGAGCAUCCCUUGAAGUGCUUUCGUCUAGCGACGCGACGUCUGGACGCUGGGCUGUUUCUCCCCGCCACGGUUUUCUUCUUCCCUGCCCACCUGAAGAUGUUUCCAUUUAGCCUCCGGGUUCCCCUGGCUGGGCCGCCUUGUCAGGUGGCAUCCCCAUGUGUUUAGGUUCUUGCAACAGCACUCACACCGCCUUCCUCUCAUCCCAACUGGAGCUCCAUGCACCACUUCUUUUGUCAUCAUGUCCCCUGCAUCGGCCGCGGCUGCCAGUGAAAGCAGCACCUGCACCGUUGCCUCCGAAGGGGAGCCCGAGCCAGAGCAGGACAGCCCCAGACUUGAGCUACGUCCUCAGAAGCAGUCCCUGCUGAAAUCCUUGUGUCAGGAGACUCACUGGAAAUGCCUACUGCUCUCUUUGCUCAUGUAUGGCUGCGUUGGAGCCAUGGCUUGGUGCCAGGUGACCACUGUCACGCGCCUCUCCUUUGACAGCGCUUACAAGGGCAAGUCCAUGAUGUACCACGACAGUCCUUGCUCCAAUGGCUACAUCUACAUACCUCUUGCCUUCUUGGUUAUGCUCUACGUGGUCUACCUGGUGGAGUGCUGGCACUGCUACACCAGGAACGAGAUGCAGUACAAAGUUGACGUGGAAAACGUAGCCGACCGAGUCCAGAGGAUGAUGCAUGCCACGCCAUGCAUUUGGUGGAAGGCCAUCAGCUAUCAUUAUGUGAGGAGGACCCGGCAAGUGACACGCUAUCGGAAUGGAGACGCGUACACCACCACCCAGGUUUACCACGAACGGGUUAACACGCACGUGGCUGAAGCAGAGUUUGACUUCGGGAAUUGCGGAGUGAAGGACAUCUCAAAGCACCUUCAGGGCCUGGAAUGCUUCGCUAUUACCAAGCUGAGGUUCACCAAGUGCUUCAGCUUUGCCAACGUGGAGUCAGAGAACUCUUACCUAACGCAGCGGGCCAGGUUCUUUACAGAGAACGAAGGCCUGGAUGACUACAUGGAAGCCCGUGAGGGAAUGCACCUGAAAAAUGUAGACUUUAAGGAAUACAUGAUUGCCUUCACUGACCCACAUCAACUUCCCUGGUACGCAUUGCAUUCAACUUUCUGGACAGCGGCUGCUCUGACUCUCUCCUGGCCUUUACGAGUGCUGACCGAGUACCGAACUGCCUGUGUCCACUACCAUGUAGAGAAGCUCUUUGGAUUUGACUAUGUGCCGGCGACGCCUUCUGAAGAGCGUCCUUACUGCAGGCACAUUCCACGAGUCAACACAAUCGACAGCACAGAGCUGGAGUGGCAUAUCCGCUCCAACCAGCAACUAGUGCCUAGCUACUCUGAAGCGGUUCUCAUGGACCUGGCCCAGCUGUCAGGCAACUGCCAGAACUACUCUGUUUGUCAUCGCUAUGGCAGCUACAGGCAGAACUGCCAGCGAUGCCACCGCGCCAUCAGCAACUCGUCAAUCUUCUCUCGCAGCGCUCUAAGCAUCUGCAACACUGCGAGCCCGCGCCUGCCCUUCAGUGCUAGUCGCUUCUCGUUAGGACGGCUCUACGGCUCCAGGCGGAGCUGCCUGUGGAGGAGCAGCGGGAGCCUGAACGAGCCCACGAUUCGCCCUACGGAGAGCACGCGCUGCCUAUCGGGCCAGCAGAACGGGGAAGAGAGCCCUCCAGCAUACCAGGAUGCACUCUACUUUCCCGUUCUCAUUGUCCACAACAACGAAGGCUGCCUCAACCACGACCAUCGCUCCUUGCACAGAAACGGUUCUUGCGUGGAGACUUCGCUAUGA